CCACCCACAAGAGCGUCGCUGACCGAUGACGUAGCCGGCGCAGCCACCCUUGGCGAGGGCCGAAUCGCUGCUGGUUCUGCGGUUGGAGGGUCUUGGUGUCGGCUCGCCCAGCGAGAGGGGAAAGUGAGCAUUUUAAAGGUCAUCUGCACCUUCUGCCUGGGAAAAGAUGGUCAACGUCUUGAAAGGAGUGCUAAUAGAAUGUGACCCUGCCAUGAAGCAGUUCCUGCUGUACUUGGACGAAUCAAAUGCCUUAGGGAAGAAGUUCAUCAUCCAAGACAUUGAUGACACUCAUGUCUUUGUUAUCGCAGAGUUGGUUAACGUCCUCCAGGAGCGAGUAGGUGAAUUAAUGGACCAAAAUGCUUUUUCUCUUACCCAGAAGUGAAGAUACUCAAUAUUGACCACAUAGGAAUUAGAAGUAACAAAUGUGAGACUGUCACCAUUCAGUGUCCUGUGGGACAGAUGAGACUUCCUGGUUUGGGCGCAUAUCAUGGGAAAAACUGUGAUGUCAUUUGUUCAGAAAAAAGUCCCUGAUUUUCUUGUUUGUUUUUCCCCCCUGUUCAUGUACCCUAGAAUUUAAAAAAAAAAAAGAAAGAAAGAAAAAUUCACUGGUUGUCUGUAAUUUGGCUUUUAUUAUCCUACAUUAAAAUGUACGUGGUUUUCCUACCCUUUUAAUACCAAUUUACUACAGUAAGAAUAUAAUGGAAUAUGCCUUACCAGUUGAACCUAGGGGUUUUGCUUGUUCCUGUUAAUGUGGGAUUUUGUGGUGUGGGUAUGGUUUGUUCUAUUCUAAUUAGAAACUUGAUUACCUAGAUAAAUAUGCCAAGGUAGGGCUUUGGUAAUAUUUAUGUCUGUGCAUUUAGUAUCUGCAUCCUGGCCAGCUGUACUGGUGAAGAAGGGGAAGAGCACUAUGUUACAUUGGCGUAAGCUACAGUUUGCAUUUCCCUAAAAAUACAGUUUUUUUAAAGUGUAGAGAGUUUGGGGCGCCUGAGUGGUUCAGUUGGUUAAGGGUCCAACUCUUAAUCUCAGCUCAGGUGUUGAUCUCAGGGUCAUGAGUUCAAACCCCACAUGUAGAAGAUUAGAAAUAACCAAAUGGGAAGGGGGAAUGUUGCAUUACAAGCUUUAUCUUCUCUGUGUUUAAACUUCUUCAGUUACAUUUUCCUUUCCCAUCAGGGAAAAUGUUCUUUUGUUUAAAAAAAAAAAUUGCUUUAUUUGUGCCUUAUUCCAUAUGAGAAUCCAUUUAAACUUUUUUUAAAAAGAAAUAAGGACUGUAGAAAGAGGACAGCAUAAGGCAUGUAGUCAGUCAUACCGUAAUAAUGUUAUAUGUGACAGUUAACUAGACAUACCGUGGUGAGCAUUUUAUAAUGUACAUAACAUCAAUUCACUAUGUUAUACACCUAUAACUAACAGAAGAUGGUGUAUCAACUACAGUUUUAAAGAAAGGCAAGUAAGAGCAGAUAGAAACAAAGUGAGUCUUGUGGGAAGUGGGAUGAUGAGGUUCAGAUGUACUGCAUAUGGUUUUAUGAUUGUUUGGAGGCAGAAAUAACACUGAUAGGAGCUUUGCUGCCCUUUCUGAAGAAGGUGUUAACCAGGAUGGGUUCAUUUGAUGAGAAUUUUCCAAGAGAGAAGAGGACUUUUGUGAUGUUGUAACUCCGUUUUCUUCCCUCCUGUGGUGUGCUUAUUCAAAGCACCUGUAUACCAUUUUCAGUCACACAAGCUGGACACUGCCACCAUUUGGUACAGUAGGUCCUUGCUUAUCCACGAUUUCCCUUUCCACUGGCAACCAAGGUCCAGAAGCAGAUGAUUGUCCUUCUCACUAUUGUCAGAGGGUAGUAACCUAGUGCUGCCACGAUGCCUACAUGUUCACCUCACUUCUCAUCCUUUGGGCGUUUUGUCAUCUCACAUGAGGAGCCCCAAGAGGAAAGACAGUGAGUACAGCACAGUAAGAUAGCUAGACCAUAUGCACAUAACCUUCAUAACAGGUUAUUCUAUUUUAUUAUUAAUUAUUCUUCAUCUCUUACUGUGUGCCAUUUAUAAAUUAAACUUUGUCAUAAAGAUGCACAUACAUCUUAGUCUACACAGGGCUCAGUACUUCCUGUGGUUUAAGGCAUCCUCCGGGGAGCUUGUAAUACAGUUCUCCAUUUAUCAUGAUUCCCAUCAAUAUAAAUCAAGCUACAGAAGUUUGAUUCUCAUAUAACAAUGCAAACAAUUUUGUGGCAUUAUUGGUACAAUUGGUACUAAAAUGUGUUGAGUAGAAAAUAUAUUUCUUUAGAAUUUCCAGCUGUACUGAAAUGGUACUGAGUCUUGUAUUUCAGGCAUAUCUAAAUCAAUUUCAAAUAAAACUCAGAUAUUUGUCAGCUAAUACCUUUUAUAUUAACAUGAAACCUUACAAAAAUUUUCUUAGAAUCCCAGUUUAAAAGGUAUGGAAAAAAACUAUAUUGAACAGUGAAUGCAAAGAGUCUUAUGUGAAGGAAAAUCUUUCAUCAGCUCUCAUUUUUAAAUUUUUUUUCCAAAGAUUGAUUUUAUUUAUUUGAAAGGAGGAGGAGCAGAAGCACGGGGAGAGGUAGAGGGAGAGGGAGAAGCAGACUGGCCUGCUGAGCAUGGAGCAUGCAGGACUCGAUCUCAGAACCCCAGGAUCAUGACCUGAGCCAAAGGUAGAGACAUAUAACCAACUUAGCCAGCCAGGCACCCCAGCUCUCAUUUUUUAAAGAAUCCUAUUGGAGCAAAUGUUAAAUAUUUAUCUCCGGACACUGCAUUAAGAAAGACAGGACACUGUGACACUAGGAAGCCCACCAUCAGCUGUUUAGUUGACUUGUUCAACUUUGAGAGAAUAGGACAUAACUGAGUGACAUUUUACCCAGACCUUCCUUGGAAUCUGACCAACAUUAAUUGAUUUGGUGCAUUUUAGAUGUUGAGAACAAGAGACACAGGCUGCUUGGUAAUGGAGAAAUUGACUAUUGUCUUUUUUAAAGAUGAAGUCCUGAAUAUUAUGAAAAGGUAGUAUUGACUAAAUUGUCUAACCUGCAAAAAGAAUCACUUCAAUUCACAGAGGUUAGGUGACCAGUCACAGAUAUCUGUGUGCUAAAAUUGUGAUAUUUAGAGUUAUACUAACUUCUAACUUCUUUCUCUUUUUUUAAGAUUUUAUUUAUUUAUUUGACAAGUAGGCAGAGAAACAGGCGGGGGGGGGGGAACAGGCUCCCUGCCGAGCAGAGAGCCCAAUUCGGGGCUCAAUCUUAGGACCCUGAGAUCAUGACGUGAGCCGAAGGCAGAGGCUUAACCCACUAAGCCACCCAGGUGCCCCUAAUUUCUAACUUCUUGAUAGUGCUUUUUUUUUUCUCCUUAAAUAAUGUAUCAAGUCAAAAAUGCUUAAUUCCUUGAACCCUGAUUUCCUUGUGAAAUUUCAUGGGAUUACUUUAAAAUUCCAGGCAUCCUAAGUAUGCAUCACAGUUAAUGUAAAAAUGUAUAUUGGGAAUCAGUUCUGGUGAACGGUAGGAACGCUACUAAUAAUGGGCAACAAAGACUACUCCCCUUUAUUGCUGAUAGACACCAUGGGUGGUAAUCAAAACUAUUGAUUGUAUUGCUCUUAACAUCAGCUGAAACAGGUGAUUCGACAUACCUGUGUUAUUUUCUGAGAAGAUGGUAAAUAGUGUGUACUUACUCCAGUUUGUAGUUGCUCAGUAAACCUCAUUUACCUCAAAGAAACUAAAUAAAAGCUCUGGUGUGAUUCCUUUUGAUUUAA